CAAAGUACAAAGUAUCUCCACACGUGACCUGCUAGCGUUUUGCUCUCCAAACCUCAGACCACCAUCUCUGACCUCGGAUGCUAUCAUCACUGACACAUCCCCAAGCUUCCAUCUCGCAAUCUCCACUCCUCAACGUCAAGAUGCUCUCCCGCGCCGCCGCCCGUACCACGACCUCUCUGGUCACCAAGCGAGGUUUCCAGACCACCCGCGCCCGCAUGUCCUCGCCCUACCACUACCCCGAGGGCGCCUACAGCAACAUCCCCUUCAACCCCCGAAGCAAGUGGUUCGGCCUCGGAUACUGGACCUUCAUGGCCACCGGCUUCUUCGCUCCCUUCGGCAUUGCUGUCUACCAGACCUACAAGCCCCAGUAAAUUAUUCGCCUGCGGAUUGGAUUUGCUGUUUGGUUGAAAGACUGGGAAGCCUGGAGGUGGAAUGUGGUGUAAAUAACCGAAAUAGACAUCAGUCAUUCUCGACUCUUGAUUCGAAAUUUCAUUUGUUCGACAAUCAGCUAUAUCGAACCAUACGUGAUAUUGCGAUUAUGAUAAUCGCUAGCUAUGCAAUUCCCAGCCUACCGGAUCUUUAUAUACAGAACUCUAGAGCCCCGGGGUAUUAUUCUAAGUUAAAGUACAUGGUGGUACAAAAUCUACUGUUACAUCAUAAUCUCGUUCCAUCUUUUUUGUAUCUUCGAUACGACGGGCCUUCCCAUUGACCCGUCGACGACUUCAUGUCUGCGCCGUCAAGAAUGGUCUGAAGUAUGGACUCGAUGAACGGCUGUCGGUCCACCGGAAUAUCCCAGCGCUUCUCCAUCUCAUCGUAAACUUCGAUAACGGUCUCGUUUGAGCUGCACUUCUUGGCAGCUCGCAAGGCCCAGAUGACCAACCAUCUAUCGAUGGUAAACCCUCUUAUGCUUUCGUCUCUUGCUUGGUACAUUGCCUUCAACACCCCCUCGAGUCGCUGCUCACUCCAUUCAGAGCCAGUAAAGCCGCCAUGGGAGUAGAAUCCUUUGAAUAAGGACAAGAAGAUCGUGGCGUGAAUGGGAAUCUUGAGAAACUUCAUCUCAUCAAGAAACUGUGCCACCUUGGCCAAGUCUCCAACUUUGACCGAGUAGUGCUCGACGAAAAGCUUGUAUGUAUGAAGGUUUGGCGAGAGCUGCAUUUGCUUCUGCAACGGCUUUUGAAGCUCGGGGUGCUUUUUGCCAAUUCUCGUAAACAUCAUCAACACCUUCGUAAUGACCCGACCCAUCCCGUAGUCCCUAUCCGGGAUAUUGGGCGCCAUUUCGUGGCCAGACUUCAUCCUCUCAUAUGUCAAUUCAGCCGCUGACUCCUCACCACAUCGCAACAGGCCCGAUAUUACACAAUUGAGCACAACAGUGUCAAUCAUUUCACCAGCCUCAACCAUUUCUUUGUAGGCAGCUCGAAUUCCAUUCGAGUCCAUCUUGAGUCCAAAAUAGUGUAUCAGACUGACAUGAUGGUAUCGGUUGUACUCAUAACCUCGGCAUUCCAUCUCCUUGUAAAUCAUGUCCGCAAGAGCAAAAUUUCCGGUUUUUGAGGCAACAUCGAAAAGAAUGUUAAACGUAACUUCGUUUCCUUUGACAUUGGGUGAUCGCUCCAUCUCUUGCCACAACCUCAGAGCAGUAUCCAUCUCGGUUGGCGUCACGCGAGCUGUAUAUUUUGUUGCAAAAGCCAAAGCAUAGUUCCAAUGCGUCCGUCGCAGCGUCAAUCCUGCGGUUUUGACAUCAGCGAUCAGCGCAAAGUAGCGCAGCAUCGAUUCUGAGUUUCGCUUUGGAGGCAAACCCAUAAUCUUCAAUAACCUAUUCCGCCAUGGCCAGGUGAGAUACAACAUCCUUGGUUCUGGAAGCUGAAGGUACAAGUCGUAUAUAGGUUCGAGGGUUGCUCGGUAUGGGUGGCGGAGCUUGUACGAUAUGGCAUGGCAUAAUUUUGCGAUCAACUUUUUCGUCUCGUCAUCGGUCUUGAAGGUUUCAUCCGCCGUAGGAUAUUCAACAUCCCUUUUGUUUUCCGACACUUGUACUCUCUGACCAUCUGCGUGGGCAUAUCCUCUUCGGUAAGGAUCCCGAUAGUACUCCAAGUGCUCUUCAACCGUUCCCGCAUCUUCCUGUGGCACAAGAGCCAUGAGGUGUCGAGGGUCGUGACCAUACUGAGUAUGGAAUCUCUGAUGUAUCGGAGGUAUCGGUGCGGCGGCGGCGGAAGCGGUGCUAUAAUGAUUCAAAACAUGUCGGGAGCGACGGCAAGGCAAGGCACGUCGAGCCUCGGUGGCGGGCGAAAAGGUCGAGAGAAGCCAUGACGAGCUUUUCGAACAAGAGGGCGGGGAUCUCGAGUUCAAUCUUUUUCUCUGUGUCUCUGUUCCAGCCUCUCUCACAGUGCAGAGACUCCUCCUUGUGGUAGUAACCCCAAAACUGGCCGACGGUCGGUUCGAAAGCACCGCACAGAGGGAGCCGUCUAAUCGACUAGAGACUUUCAUGAGCUCCUCCUCAUGGUGCUGCGACUUCUGAUUCGUAGCCGGAGCGAUAUUUUGUCUCGGAUGUUGUAUAAAGGAGCCUAGACAAGAAAAAUGGCGCUGAGAAAGAAAUCAGAUCGGCAAUCUCUCUCAGGAAGAGCUAAUGCCAACGGAAGUUGAGAUGGGAGGCUUGUAGGUUCUUG